CUAAACAUUUACAACUUGGGUUCAUAUCAUCUUGUAAAGGAAAAAACAGGGCUUGAAAACAGAGAUAGAAGAGCAGAGGCGUGUUGAAUAGAUAGCACAGGGGCGACCUCAGCUUUGGAACACAAACUUAGCAAUGGUGAGAAAUCUGAACAAAUUUUUCAUUGUAGCAAUUGUUGCUAUUGCGGCUCUGCUGCAGAGCUCCGAGGGAAAGACAGUACAUGUAGUGGGUGAUGCCCUUGGCUGGAUUGUUCCUCCUAGUGCUGAUGCUUACACAACAUGGGCUGCAAACCAGACCUUCAAAGUUGGCGACGUUGUUGUGUUCAAUUUCGCCACUGGAAGGCAUGACGUUGCACAAGUAACAGAGAGUGCACUCAAUGCAUGCAACGGCAGUAGUCCCAUUUUGAGAGAAACAAAUGGUCCUUUAAACAUUACUCUGAGUUCAUCUGGCCAGUUUUACUACAUUUGCACUGUUCCCGGCCACUGCAGCGGCGGCCAAAAGUUGAUCAUCAACGUUACUGCCGCCGCUUCUUCUCCGGCUCCUCAGCCCUCCACUGCUCCCUCUCCCAUUAACACUCCAACACCAGCACCCCUGACUGCACCAACACCAUCACCCGCCGCUGCCCCAACACAAACUCCAACAUCUGCACCAACACCAUCACUGGCCACGGCCCCAACGCCAACGCCGACUCCAACAUCUGCACCAACACCAUCUACCACAAGGGCACCGGCGACUUACAUUGUUGGAGAUGAAAUGGGGUGGACUAUCCCUCCAAACACUUCUGUCAGUUACCCAAAUUGGGCUCAGGGCAAGAGCUUCAUAGUUGGAGACACUCUAGUUUUCAACUAUCGGCUCGGUGUUCACGAUGUGGCGGAGGUCUCAAAGCAAGCAUACGGAUCAUGCGACAGCAACACCACCAUUUCUCUUAAUUCAAACCCGCCUGCAAGAAUCACUCUCACAACUCCUGGCGAACAUUUCUACAUCUGUACCUUCGCUGGUCACUGCACAGCUGGUCAACAGCUGGCCAUCAACGUCACCGGAACCAGCACUGCCACGUCACCUUCACCAUCAUCUCCAACAGCUGGGGCCACUCCUUCUGAUCAACCGGGAAACUCUGCUAAGUCCAUAAAAUCUGCCGGGUUUUCUAUCACUUUUCUAGCGAUUAUCGUUGUAGGUUUGUUGUAUUAGACACGGUUUAGAGUUAGCCAUUGUUGUCGUGAGUUCACAGAUUGAGAUUUUUGUAUCACAAUAAAGCUGAUCUUAACUACCGCUUUUGUUUUUUAAUUAAACAUUGAUGAUCGUAUGAA